AUGCAAUACGUUGGUAGAGCUAUUGAUUCUGUAUCUAAAACGUGGUCAUCUAUUAAUCCAGCCACUUUAUCUGGGGCAAUUGAUGUUAUAGUAGUACAGCAUUCAAAUGGUGAUUUAUCAUGUUCGCCCUUCCAUGUUAGAUUUGGAAAAUUUCAAAUAUUAAAGCCUUCGCAAAAGAAGGUUGAAGUUAUUAUAAAUGGAAAUCCAACAGCUAUUCCAAUGAAAUUGAAUGAUAAUGGCGAAGCAUAUUUUGUGUUUGAAACUGAAAGUGGUAUUUAUAUACCUGAUGAUUUAUUAGCUUCUCCAGUUGUAAGUGCUUCCAGUUCGCCCUUUACUUCCCCCGUUGUUGAAGCAAAGUCAGGACAAGAGCAUAACCUUGAAGGUAAUACAAGCGAAAUCACUGGGCUAAACACACCUCCCAAAGAUGCUUUGGAUAAUAAAGCCACAUAUUCUGCCGGUGCUUCCAGUACUCCUGCAGAUAAAACUACAAUGGAUGAUAUCGAUUCUAAUAAAAACAAAAGCAAUAUAACGAAAGAAUUGGAGGAGCCUGAUUUCUUAGAUAUAAACGAAACGCAAGAUACCUAUGCCAACGGCACUCCAGGGGGUAAAAAUAGUGAUAGUGAUACUACAAAUCUAAUUUCGCCGCCGAGUUCUCCUCACAUAAAGUUGCAAGAAAAAUUGGACAAAAUCAAAAUACCUACCAAGAUUGAUAACAAUACAGGUGAUUUAUUGUUAGAUAUAGAAGGGUACAAAUCGAACAAAAAUAAAAUACACGAUUCUGAUGAGAUUGUUAAGCAGAUUUUAAUAGGGGAGUUCGAUGAAGAUACAAUUUCUCGAAUGAUUAAAGAGGAUGAAAAUGGUAACAUCAGAAUAAAUAAUCAGAUCUUCAACUGUGAGAGUAGUCACAAUAGUGAUGUGGGUAACAAUUCUAAUAACGCUAAUGUUUCAGCUUCAUCCCCUAAAAAUGCUUAUAUAUCUGGGAACACUGGUACCGUUAACAACAACGCCAAUACCUCUACCAGUGAUAUGGAAAGUAUUGGAACUGUUUCAUCAAAUGAAUCGAUGUCAAAUUUCACGCCUGCCACCCCCACUUCGAAGCCACACACCGGCAUGAGCUCUAAAACAUAUAUUAAAAGCAUUAGAUUAACCUCAGACCAAUUGAAGUGUUUGCAUUUAAAACUCGGUUCUAACGACUUGGCUUUUUCUAUAGAUAAAGGUAGAUCAGUAUUGAAUGCCAAAUUAUUUGUUUGGAAAUGGUAUACACCAAUAGUUAUUAGCGAUAUCGAUGGUACAAUUACAAAGUCAGAUGCAUUGGGUCACGUUAUGACCAUGAUUGGCAAAGACUGGACACAUCCUGGGGUAGCAGCUUUAUUUAACGAUAUAUAUCGUAAUGGCUAUAAUAUCAUGUAUUUAACUGCAAGAAGUGCUGGCCAGGCAGAUAGCACCAGAAGUUAUUUGAGAUGUGUCGAUCAGAAUGGAUAUAAAAUACCCGAAGGGCCAGUUAUUUUAUCCCCAGACAGAACAUUUACUGCAUUAAAAAGAGAAGUUAUAUUGAAGAAACCAGAAGUUUUCAAAAUGGCAUGUUUGAACGAUAUUAGAAAAUUAUAUUUGAAAGAUUUAAUAUUUGAAGGUGAAGAGAUGGAUGAAUAUUCUGGAGAAGGUGAGAAUAAGAGUGAUGACAUACCUACUCCUUUUAUUGCUGGAUUUGGUAAUAGGAUAACUGAUGCAAUUUCAUAUAGAAGUGUUGGUAUUCCAAGAUCGCGUAUUUUUACUAUUAAUCCAGAUGGUGAAGUCCAUAUGGAAUUAUUAGAAUUAGCAGGGUAUAAAAGUUCAUAUUUACAUAUCAACGAAUUAGUUGAUCAUUUUUUCCCACCAGUUGAUACUAGAGAUGAAGAAUACGAUACACAUUAUAUUAAAAGUAUUACCAGUGACAAUGGUACUAACCUUUAUAAUAAUGAUCAUGGUGAUGAAACCCGUGAUAAUAAUGGAAAAUUUAUUGACGGGUAUAGUAUUUUUGAUCAUGGUGUAUUUAAUAGUUCCUUUGAUGAUGACUCUAAUAAAACUAAUGGUAGCAAUACUAAUAACCGAACUCACACUUCAGAAUACCAAGGUAAAAGAGGUACACUAAAUGACGAGGAAUUAAGUGGUUUUGUUAAUGGUAAUAAUAAUAAUAAUAAUAAUAAUAAUAAUAAUCUCAGUAAUCCAUUUAAUACUGGUAUAAACAGUAAUUACAACAGUAACAAUAAUAAUAUCAAUAUAUCUGACUUGAAACGAUCUAGAAUGUCGUUGUUUCGAAAUAAGGAAGAAAAAUUUACAGACGUUAAUUUUUGGAGAGACCCUAUUUUUGAACUGGACGAUUUAAGUGAUAUUUCAGAUGCAGAUACGAACUCUCAAAAGGAACAUAGUAAAACACAAGAAAAUAUGGGUACUGGCAAGGAUGACGUUAUUCAGAUUAACAGUAGUGGCAGCGAUAGUAGUAGCAAUCGUAGGAAUUUACUUAAACAUACAAGUACAAGUGCAGAUAAUAUAAUCAACAAGGAUAUAAUUACUAAAAAUGAAGUAUCUUUGAGCUCAAAUAACACAUUCAAAAUAAACACAGAAUCUGUAGGUAAUUCACAGUUGCUAAACAAUAAUACAUGUAUUAAUAAUCAAAAAACUGGUAUUAUUACUGACAAUAGUAAAAAUAUUUAUGAUAAUGAUAAAAAUUUAAUCACUCCACAUAUUAAGACAAGAUCUUUAUCCUCAGGGUCAUGUAACAGUGAUAAGAAACUGGGUCAGCAAAUAUAUCUGGAUUUAGGAUCGCCAUUAUCUUCACCAAGACCGAAAACAGUUGAUGGCACAGACAUAAAUUAUGACUCUAUCCUAAAUCUUGAUGAUUUGAACAAGACUCUUGUUGUUCAUGAUAAAUUGCCUGCUACACCAACACCAAUGAAGACUAUUACUCAUAAGAGCAAAACUGAUAAUACAUCAGGCAAUAGAAAUCCAAAUGAUAAAUCAGAAUGUGUAAACACACAAGAUAUAUUAGUACAUCCAACACCAUUUAAGUCUACGACCCUGCUACAAACGCCAAAUAUUAGUGUGAAUACUGUUAAUAACAAGAGAAAAGAUAGGUAUGGGAAAAAUGAAGGUUUGAUAGAUCAUGUUAAUAAUGGAUGUGGAGAAAAUUCUUAUAUGGAAGAAGCUUUAUAUUCUAAUAAUAAUAAUAAUAAAAGUGAUACAGAAGAUGAUGAUGAAUUUGAUGAUGAUGAAUUUGAAGAUUAG